AUGAGUGAUCAUACCGUUUGUGUGGACAAUGUUUUCGACUUCACGACUGCCUUUUUAUUCUCUUUGGAAGGUCAAACCACCAUCGGCUACGGAUCACGUGGCCCUACCAUUCAAUGCUGGUUUGUUGUUGUCGUCCAAUUUAUCCAGUGGCUCCUCGCUUACGCCUUCGAUUCCCUCGUCGUUACAAUCAUUUUCACGAAACUAGCUCGCCCAAAAUAUCGAGCAAAGAGCAUCGAGUUCUCAAAAAGCGCGGUCAUCAACGAGCGCGACGGAAAGCUGGUGCUGAUCGUCAGAGUCGCCAACCUCCGCGACUCGCUGAUGCUGGACGUAACCGUCUCUGGCAAGUUAUUGAAAACGCGGCGAACUCCGGACGGCGAAUGGCUCGCACUUGAAGAGCGCAACGUCGAAUUCGACAAUUCUAAGGCCCUUUUCCUCACUCAACCGGUCGACUAUAUCCACACUAUUGACGAGAGAUCACCGCUUUACGAGUUGUCGCAGAGUAUCCUCGACCGCGAUGAAGAACCACUUGAACUUGUUGUGAUUAUGUCCGGCAUUGUGGAAGGGACUGGAAUGGCAUGCCAAAACAGGAUUGAGCCCCAAAAAGAUUACCAAAAUAAGACGCUCAAUCGAUUCCAAGUCGACUACAAAAUGUUCCAUGAGCACUAUCUGAUUGAGCCACUAAUGUCUGGAAGAAGCGCAGAAGAUCGCGACUUCGACCGAGAGUCGGAAAGAUCGUCAACGACGCAAGAGUAUGAUACUAUCACUCAUGAAGUGGCCGUUCGAGCGAAUAUUCUGGCCAAUAUGAUGACGAAUACAUCCAUUUGA